AAGCCCCAAACCACUACAUUUAUAAGUACACAGCACUUGUGUAUUUUAUCCAGUUACGGUUACAUUCCAAGUGCCACAGCUCAGUACCAGGAAUGGUAAAGGGGCGUAUGCUGACUGCUGGAGAUGCUCUGAGCUUUAUAUUGUUUCUUCUCUGCACUGCAGGGACUCAUGGAUUGGCAUUAACGGACAAUGCAACAUUCUCACUAGAAGUCAAUUCAGAUAUAGUUCUGUUUUCGAUUCAAAACACUUCUCAUGGCAUUAGCAUUGCAGUCACUCCUCUGUGCCCCAAUCAAGAUGACUGUUUUGCCCCCCAAUCUCUACUAAUAGACGGUAUUUUCUUGCCUGAAGAAUGCACGAAUGUCCCCUGUAACGAGCACCAACUUGUCAUCACAAAGGCGUUGGAUAAUAAUUCUACAAUCCAAUAUGUAAUAGGAGUACCAACCGUUCAAUCUUUGCUGCUGCUACGGUUCCAUUAUCAUGUCCAAUCACAUAUGUUUGAGCUGGUCGAGAAAGCUACUGUAAAUCGAGGAAUUGUUCAGUACAACUGUAAUCCAACGGCUAUUGUGUCUUUGAAGGAGGUGUACUAUACGCUAUGCGUGAAUAAUUCCAAUGAUCGACUAAUUGUUCUUGUUAUAGAUAAUCUUGAAAGAUUCAGUGAUGUUAUCUUCAAUUUGAUCGGGAGGUCGGUUGAUGUGAACCUCCUCCCAAUAACGGACAUCUCAGUGGUAACCAGACAAUCGAAAUUGUAUAUCUUGUUUGUUGGAGGAUCUGAAUUGACUGCUAUAGACAUUGGAGUGGGUGACUUUCAUUCUCAAAAUUUUGCGGAUUGUACUGGAACAAUUUACAGAAUGCGUCUACGCAAUGACACGAAAAGUGAUGACACAAUUCUAUACCUGCUCUACUGUAAUGAGAACUAUGGGUUGAUUGAGAUUGAGGAUGAUUUAAACCCACCACUGUCCUAUUACUACAAUGAGACUGGCUACCCUGUAAUUUGCCAAAAAGAAGACGCUAUCGUGGCAGAGAUUACAGUCUUCAAAGACGGUGUGAAUAGUAUUCUACGACAUAACGGCACAAACUUUACUUUACCUGGGCAAGCAAUUUCACUUGAAGAGAGCUCAUGUUUUGGAUUCAAAGAUGCUCUAUUGUACGUUUACAGUGACCAGAAUUUAGGUACGGUAAUUGUUCACUUGCAAAAACAAAUUUUAAGGGAACUGCUAAUUGUGAAGUGUCAGCCAUUAAUCUGUUCCUCUUCUGUGCUCAACAAUCGAUACGUCCUGCUGAAACAAAAGUACAGUGAUUCCAAUGUUACUCUGAUAUUGUACGACAUGCAACAACAAAAGUUUGUGUCUGAAACUGCAAUUGAGCAUACUACAAGCCUAAUACAACUGCUUGAAUUACCACAGCCACAACAACCUGAUACGAGUAGGUUGAUUAGCACUAUCAUCGGAUCAAUCAUUGGAGGAUUAGUAUUUGCAAUUUGUGUACUGGUUUUCGUUAUUGCAAUCAUCAGGUAUUGUUGGAGAAAACGAUGUUCACCAGCACGAUAUGGACACCAGGUUGUAGAAAAUGCAGCACCAUCAUAUGAACGGAUGCCCCACAAACAAGCCUCACCACCUGAACCACCAGCCUCACCAUCUGAACCACAAGCCCCACCACCUGAACCAGGAAUACAAGCCUCAUCACCUGAACCACAAACCCCACCACCAGAACCAGGAGCACAACCAGGAGCACGACCUGAACUACUCAAUGUAACUACCACCUCCAUGCCCAUCGCUCCCGAUAACACUAGAAAAUGUUCUCAUUUGGUCACUGGGUUAAUUUUACAUCCCACUAAAACUGACUGAUGUUUUAUUAUUAGUAGUGAAUAUUGACACUUCCCAUAUACGUAGCUACAGGAUCGAACUGGCUGUGCUAUAAUUUUUAAAAUGUGCUGCAUAAAAAAGAAUGAGAAACUUAAAGAACUCUUCAA